CCAAGCGCUCACGUGACUCGUCACCGUCACGGCCGCACCGCUCACUUGGCCACGGUCCGCAGUAAUAUUAGCGACCACCCCUUACCCGACAGAAGACUGCAAAGCAAAACGCGAUGCCGACCUUCGUGAUUCACACGAACGUGAGCGCCGACCGCGUCUCGGCCUCGGUCCACGACGAGGUGACGGCUCUCGUCGCCAAGGCGCUCGGCAAACCCGUGCAGUACGUGGCGGUGCACGUGGUGCCGGGACAGCUGAUGAGCUUCGGAGGCACCAAGGAGCCUUGCGCCCUGGCUCAUCUCUCCAGCAUCGGCAAGAUCUCCCCCGCUGAGAACAAGAAGUAUUCGGCGCUGCUGUCGGAGGCCAUGAACACCCACCUGGGCAUACCCAAGGACAGGAUGUACAUAGCCUUCCACAACCAGGAUCCCGCGAACGUAGGCUGGAACGGAUCAACAUUCGCCUGAACAUCAUCACCUUCGCUACCGCCCAGCCUACCCCAGCACAGCAAUCCUUUCCCACCCUUGUGGUUUCCUUCCUUAUGAUCGAGUGGUGGCCGUUUCCCUUUGAUUCCUGUCACCCAGUGGCAUUUCAUGGAUUGUGCUUGUCGUUUUUUGAUUGAUGCAGUUGUCUCUUAUUUUUCUACCAUUGCUGUUGUGCGAAAAAUUAAUCACCCAACGACAUCGAAGUCUGGAAUAAAAAAAUAAAAUCCGCUUAACAACUUGAAA